CCCUCUUCUCUGCACCCCCACCCCCCACCCAAACUUUCUUUGUCUGGAUUUCUCCGUGCCGUUAUGCCGGUUGCCGCCGGAGUCCUGGGGCUGGAAGCCCCUGAGGCCAGAAUCCUCCUUUCCGAGGAGAUCCAGAACAUUCGAUCGAUUCUUGGGCCUGAUACACCCGAAGACGACAUCAUUCGGGCCCUCACCGUCGCCGGAAACAACCCCAAUCGCGCCAUUAACAUCAUACUCGACAUGCCCGAGGUGCCCACCGCGUCCAAUCCCGUGAAGCAAGAGAUGGCUCCCGAAGUUCCCACGGAAAAUGACACUGCAAGUAGUUUAGAUUCCAAAAAUAGUAUUAAAAAGGAAUUAGGUUCUGGAAAUGACGAUGUUUUGAUGGCUGAGAUUAGAGUUAAAAAGGAUGAACUUGAUUUGGAUGUCAAAAAAUAUGAUAUUUUGAUGGACGAAGGAAUGGUUAAAAAGGAAGAAUCUGAUACGGAUGUUGAUAAAAAGACUAUGAUUUUGGUUGAAAAGGAGGAAUCUGGUAAGGAUUUCAAAAACGAUGAGAUUUCGGUGAACGAGAGAACAGUUACAAAGGAGGAAACUGACGAGGAUUUAAAAAAAGAUGAGAUUCUGAUGAACGAGAGAAGAGUUAAAAAGGAGGAACCUGAUUUCAGUUUCGAUAGAGGUGUGAUUCCAGUGGCUAAGAAGGAGUCCUAUUGUGACGAUUUCCCUGGCCUGGCACAAGCCCAUUUCUCUCCUUACCUCAAUCCACGGCCGAUUUCAGCUAUUAGGCCACCUGCGGUCACCGAUCGUAGGCUUCAAGUGGUCCCAGCUCCCGAUCCUGCUGAGAUUGGAGAGUUCCCAGAGGAGCCGGAUUGGUUUUUUGUGGGGAAGACCUAUGUGACAGGGCUUUCAACAUGCCGUGGGAGAAGGCGGCUGGAUGCUGGUGAGAUUAUUCAUUUCUCUUUUCCAGAUACGCAGAAGGUGAUCGAGAGACACUGGGGGGUGAGUGCAAAGACAAGAGCUGCGAUGUCCGAGAUUGUGCGCUUCUCGACUAAGCGAUGUGGGGAGAUUGGGAAGCUUCCGACAGAGUGGAGUAGAUGUCUCAUCCCACUUGUGAAUUCGUCUAAGGUUAAGGUUCAAGGGCGAUUUGUAAUUCCACAAGUGGAGAUUCAUUUGAUGCAAGAGAUUAUAUUAUAUGUCAGCUUUUACAUCCACAGUUUGAUUUUUACGGAGGGAGACAAAUCCUCUUGGAGGCUAGUAGCUCCUUCACACUUGGAUUCUACUGUCCAUCCUCUUCCUGCUAUGUUCAAACUAUUGAAGAUAAAGCCAUUUAAAAAGGCUGAGUUUACUCCAGAGGAGCUUGAUAUUAGAAAGCGAUCACUAAACCUAAAAGAUGAUGAUGAUGAUGAUAGCUCCACCCAAAUAGUGGGUCUUGCAAAACGAAGGAGAGGAGGCCAAACUUACCCCGAACAGAGCAAAGAUGAACAAGCAAUCUCAGAGUCAGCUUUGAAUAAGCUUGUUGGUGCUGCAGAUGUGUACAACUUAGAGGAAGCAGAACCCCCUAGCACACUUGUUACUGAACUUCGGCCUUACCAGAAACAAGCCCUAUACUGGAUGUCAGAAUUGGAGAAGGGAAUUGAUGUUGAGCAGGCAGCAAAAACUCUCCAUCCAUGCUGGGAGGCUUACAAAAUUGCUGACAAGAGAGCAUCUGCAGUAUAUAUUAAUGUUUUCUCUGGUGAAGCUACAACUCAAUUUCCAAGUGCUACACAGAUGGCAAGAGGCGGAAUAUUAGCAGAUGCAAUGGGUCUUGGGAAGACUGUCAUGACAAUUGCUCUGAUACUUGCAAAACCAAAUGGAGAAAGCUCAGAUGACCAAGGCAUGGUGAUGGAGUGCAAUAAAGUUUUUGAGGAAGAAAUAAAGGGAGUUGCAAAAACCAAAACACUCUCUAAUGUAAAAGGAGGUACCCUUAUUGUCUGUCCAAUGGCACUAUUGGGUCAAUGGAAGGAUGAAUUGGAAGCCCAUUCAAAGUCCGGGGCACUUUCUGUCUUUGUACACUAUGGGGGUGACAAAACCAAUGAUCCCAAAGUGAUUUCGGAACAUCAUGUGGUCUUAACAACAUAUGGAGUCUUAGCAGCAGCUUAUAAAUCUGACUCAGAAAAAGAAAGCAUUUUUCACAAAAUAGACUGGUACAGAGUGGUACUGGAUGAAGCACACAUAAUCAAAUCUUCAAAAACCAGAGUUGCUCAAUCAGCCUUUGCAUUAACCUCACACUGUAGGUGGUGCCUAACAGGUACCCCUCUUCAGAAUAAUUUGGAAGACCUCUAUAGUCUCCUUUGCUUCUUACAUGUUGAGCCAUGGUGCAACUGGGCUUGGUGGCAUAAAUUGAUUCAAAGACCUUAUGAGAAUGGUGAUGAAAGAGGUUUGAGAUUGGUUAAAUCCAUUUUGAGGUCAUUAAUGCUAAGGAGAGCAAAGGAUACAAAAGAUAAAGAUGGAAGGCCCAUUCUUGUUCUCCCUCCUGCGAAUAUCCAAAUUGUGGAAUGUGAACAAUCUGAAGCUGAGCGUGAUUUCUAUGAUGCCUUAUUCAAGAAAUCAAAGGUCAGAUUUGACCAGUUUGUUGCACAAGGCAAAGUUCUUCACAAUUAUGCUUCCAUUCUGGAGCUGCUCCUUCGCUUGAGACAGUGCUGCAAUCAUCCCUUUCUUGUUAUGAGCCGAGGGGAUACUCAGCAGUAUGCAGACCUAAACAAGCUUGCCCGUCGCUUUCUUGAAGGAACACAGUCCACCCCCUCUGCAGUCCCCACUCGUGCCUUUGUAGAAGAAGUUGUCGAGGGCAUCCGUCGGGGAGAUGGGACUGAGUGCCCAAUCUGCCUUGAAUCGGCAUCGGAUGACCCAGUGCUCACUCCAUGCGCCCACCGGAUGUGCAGGGAGUGCCUCCUGUCAAGUUGGAGGACUCCAUCAGGCGGGCCUUGCCCAAUAUGCCGGAACCCCCUGACUAAGGCUGAUCUCAUUACGUGCCCAACUGAGAGCCGUUUCCAGGUUGAUGUGGAAAGGAACUGGAAGGAGUCGUCGAAGAUCAUGAAGCUCUUCCAAUGCCUUGAGAGCAUCAGGAAGACAGGUGAGAAGAGCAUCAUUUUUAGCCAGUGGACUGGGUUCUUGGAUCUAUUGGAGAUUCCUUUGAGGAGGAGAAGAAUUGGAUUCUUAAGGUUUGAUGGAAAGCUAGCACAGAAGAGCAGAGAGAGGGUCUUGAAGGAGUUCGGUGAGAGCAGAGACAAGCUGGUAUUAUUGAUGUCACUGAAGGCAGGAGGUGUAGGAUUGAAUCUAACUGCAGCAUCUAACGUCUUUCUGAUGGAUCCAUGGUGGAAUCCUGCAGUUGAGGAGCAAGCGAUCAUGAGGAUCCAUCGGAUUGGACAGAAACGGCAGGUUCAAGUGAGGAGGUUCAUUGUUAAGGAUACCGUUGAGGAGCGGAUGCAGCAGGUGCAGGCAAGAAAGCAAAGGAUGAUUGCUGGAGCUCUCACUGAUGAGGAAGUCAGGAGUGCCCGAAUCGAGGAGCUCAAGAUGCUAUUUAGAUAAAUUUUUUUUUCAGUUAUAUAGAAAACAAAUAUGUAUAGUUCUUUUUGGUGCGCCUAUGAGUAUUGGCCAAUAUAAUCAAAAAUUAAGUGGUGGUUGGUUGGUUUUCUGAUCAGAUAUAGGAUGGAUGGUUUUUGUUGAUGUUUCCCAUCCAAUUUUUGUUGUGGUGCCUACAAGGCACUCCUUUUGUAAGUCCCCUUCAGUAUGCUUAAGCUUGUAAAGCCCUUCUCCUGCA